CUGGAACAGGCUUGGAUUCAAACAGUGGUUCUGCUCAGUGAGCAAACACAGUUUAAAAUCCUUCUGUAAGGAGAGUGAAAUGACAAUGGCUGGCUGACACCUCAGAGCUAAUAUCAGAAUGUUUCUCUUACGGUAAAAGCCUUCUGUUCAUCUUGCAUGUUUCACUGUUGGACCGCUUCCUUCGCACCAUUGGCAGAACUCACUAAGGAGAAAAUAUUUUGACAGAGUUUAGGAUUACUGGGAGAGGUGAGAAAGGAACUGGAAGGAAAACAAUGUUUCAAAUUAUUUUCUUUUGCCAGUGCAUCAGAAGAAGCACUUUCCUGGAGCUUGCAGACUCCACAGAAGUUUUUUUGGUGUCUUUUCUCAAUGUUUAUGCUCUUCAAAACAACAAAAAGCCCAACUUUUGCCUUUGUGAUUACCAAAAGGAGACUAUGAUUGCUGAGCUGCAGGAGGACAGAGAGCUCAAGGUGCUUGUGAAAAAGCCCUUGUGUGUUCCUGGCUUACACCAUGAGGUGUAAGCCCUGCCUGCCCCAGAGAAGCAGCACGCACUUGUCUGAACAAGAAGGAGCUGCAGGCAGCCAGCAGGCAGAGUUAAGGAUUAACCCUAAGAAUUAGCAAAGUCAAAAACCUUAAUCCCUACAGUAUGGACCAAAGAAACAGCGAUGCAGCUGGGAACUGUAAGAGUUCAGCUCCUCACUGGAUCACCACCGGGAGGAGGCGGAAGCACAACCUGUGCUUAAUGAGGUGUGUCUGAUCCUCCCCAUGUUCCCCUUCCCUGAACUACGUUAGAAGAAUUUGCUAUGAAAACAUCAGGCAAAACUACCACACAAGUUUUAAGAUGGAAGAAGGGAGAUUUAGCUGGAUUGGUGAGGUUCCAGCAGGGCUGUGACGAAGUGUGGUGGGGACGCCAGGUGUACGAGUGUCAUCCAAGCCAGGAGGGAGACCCAGAUGGACUCAAACUGCAGUUCCAUGUGGAAGUCCAUAUGCUGAGGCUGUGCGCCGUGUUCAUCUACCUUUUGUAUGGGGUGAAAACAGACCCCGGGGAGACAUGCCCUGCGUUCACAGCUCUUGGCUUUGGCAACGCUUUGAUAGGGACAGACCUGAAAGUGAAGCUGCUGCUCUACACCAGACAGAACCCAAGCUGUGCCGAAGAGCUCGAUUCAACGGCCUCCAGCUACCUAGAUGUGACCAAGAAAACUACCUUCAUCAUCCACGGGUACCGCUUCACGGGCUCUGCACCCGUCUGGCUCCCAAACUUGGUACAUCUCCUGCUUUCUGUAGAAGACAUGAACGUCAUCGUCGUGGACUGGAACCAGGGGGCAACCACUCUCAUCUACAGUAACGCUUCCCGAAACUGCAAGAAAGUUGCUGAGAUCCUGAAGAAACUUAUUGAUGAAAUGUUGGUUGAUGGAGCAUCACUUGACUCCUUGCACAUGAUAGGAGUGAGCCUGGGAGCGCACAUCUCUGGCUUCGUGGGGCAGAUGUUUGAUGGGACACUGGGAAGAAUCACAGGCCUUGACCCAGCAGGACCCCUGUACAGAGGACAGCCACCCAGCGAGAGGCUGGACCCUACAGACGCACAGUUCGUUGAUGUCAUUCAUUCAGACACCGAUGGACUAGGUUACACCGAAGCCCUGGGCCACAUAGACUUCUACCCCAACGGUGGGACCGACCAGCCUGGCUGUCCACUGACAAUAUUUUCUGGACUGCAGUAUUUCAAAUGUGACCACCAGAGGUCUGUUCUCCUGUUCCUGUCCUCCCUGAAUCAGAGCUGCAACAUCACGGCGUACCCGUGCGACUCCUACAGAAACUACAGGAAUGGCAGAUGUACCAGCUGUGAGACCUUCUGGCCUAUGCCAUGCCCCAUCCUAGGUUAUUAUGCCCACGAGUGGAAAAGCUCUUUAACCCAACAGAGCCAUCCAGGGACAAGUAUGUUUUUUGAUACAGCGGACAAAGAGCCCUUUUGCAUUUAUCACUACAUGGUGGAUAUCGUUACCUGGAACAAAGACACCCGGAGAGGCACCUUCAGGGUUGUGCUAGCUGAUGGAACCGGGAAGAAGGCCGAGUCUAAAGCUAAUCCCGAAGCUGCAGCCUUUCAGCAGUACAACCAAAUCACUUUGCUAAUUGGAUUCGACCAGGACUUUGAAAACGUAGAAAGAAUUUCCUUGACAUUUUCCACCGGAUCUGUCAUUGGCCCCAAAUUCAAACUCAGGAUUCUCCAAAUGAGGUUCCGGUCACUUACAAACCCAGAAAGACCACCACUCUGCAGAUAUGACCUCAUCCUGACGGAGAACACCCAGCAAACCUUCAAGCCCAUCCCCUGUUGGAGCAGGAACUAAAACACAAAGCCAUCCUUCCCCCCGAGGGCAGCCGACAUUUCCACAAGGGACUCACCUGGAGGAAGGUUCCUCAGCGCCGCCCGCAGAGACCCACUCCUGGGAGGGCGGGAAUUUAUAGAGGGGGCUGUAAAGUAACAAAAAAACCCACAAAC